AUGGUCACCGUAACAGCGACGUUGUCUACGCCGUUGCCAGAAGCGCCAUCAGCUUCCGUGUCUCCUGUGCCUGAAGAUGUGGCCGGCGUCUACGUCUGCGACGACAUCAACUGGAACGGCGCAUGUUCGCACCAUUACACCAAACCAGGAGGCUCAGACAUUGACUGCGCACAACUUUCUGGCAGGGAAUCAUCCAUCGGGCCGGAUCCGGGGUUCUUGUGCGAGUUCUUCACCAACAACUCUUGCCGCAAGACUCCUGGCGUUGAAUCAGAUUUCCUCAGCUUGAGCUGGCCUGGUAAUGCGGAUUUGAGGAGUACGGACAAGGGUGAUUUGAACGAUAAGUUCUUGAGCUAUGUUUGCUUCAAGGUGUUGUAG